AUGUCUACCUAUUUCGGACAAAUCGUUAGAAACACCGUUAUGGACUUCUAUAACUAUCUCGUAACAAGUCUGACUCUCUUCACACCAGCCAUUGAGAACACUGUCAAACCCAGACGCUUCAGGAAGAUAAGGACGAAACCUACGGUAUCCAAAAGCGUAACCGACGCCGUCUUGCCACCAGAAGACCUGCUGAAAUUGGCAGUCAAGAAGCUCCGUGUUUUGAAGAAUGAAGUAGGCAAUUGGAGACAAGAAGCACUUCAAAAUAUGUUGGUUUUGAAGUUGUACAAUCACAUUGAGGAAAGCAAUAAGGAGCUGAAAACUAAGAAGGAAGUGAUGGAGGAGAACUCCUCGUCUGUUUGA